AGAUUUACAUCAGCCAGUCAAACAAAUUUCCUCCUUGGACAGUUCGGGUACGGACAUUGGACACGGACGUUGGACAGCAUCUGCGUCCGUUGGACAAUGUCCGGCCCCUUCUGAUACAGUUGGAGAACUAAAAAAAUUGAUCGCUGCUCAAACCGGUACUGAUGCUUCAAAAAUCGUUUUAAAAAAAUG